UGCUUUACCCUUCUCCGGUGCUACUCCUGUCGCGAGACUUCUUGCCUCUCCACCUUCGCCGCUCCCUCUGCUGCCGCUUUAGCCCGGGACCCGGACCCAGCCUCUCCCCUACCCGAACUCCAGCCCCGGCUUCAUUGAGGCCCCGGUCCCCCAAUCCCGCCUCGCCGCCGCCAUGGCGGACCCUAAAUACGCCGACCUUCCCGGCAUUGCCAGGAACGAGCCAGAUGUUUAUGAAACCAGCGACUUACCUGAGGAUGAUCAAGCAGAGUUUGAUGCGGUAAGACUAUAUGCUGCUUCAGGACUCCUCUGGACCUUGAUCUCUCUCCCUCAGGCAGGACCUUUCCAUUUUCUGGCAAGCCACAGCAAUGAGCGGGAGCUGGAAGAACUGACGAGCACAAGUGUGGAGCACAUCAUUGUCAAUCCUAAUGCUGCCUAUGACAAGUUCAAAGACAAGAGAGUGGGGACAAAGGGACUUGAUUUCUCAGAUCGUAUUGGAAAAACCAAGAGGACAGGAUAUGAAUCUGGAGAAUAUGAGAUGCUUGGAGAGGGCUUGGGAGUGAAGGAGACACCCCAGCAGAAGUACCAGCGACUACUGCAUGAGGUUCAGGAGCUGACGAGUGAAGUUGAAAAGAUCAAGACAACAGUGAAGGAGUCAGCGACUGAGGAGAAGCUGACCCCUGUGGUGCUGGCUAAACAGCUGGCAGCCCUGAAGCAGCAGUUGGUCGCCUCCCACCUGGAGAAGCUGUUGGGACCAGAUGCAGCAGUCAACCUUACUGACCCUGAUGGAGCUCUGGCUAAGCGCCUGCUGCUGCAGCUGGAAGCAACAAAAAACAGCAAAGGGGCUGGUUCACGAGGAAAGAUCACCACCAGUGAGGCCUCUCCAGAGAGCAGCCUUGUCACUUAUGAACUACAUUCUCGGCCUGAACAGGACAAAUUCUCUCAAGCUGCCAAAGUCGCAGAGCUUGAGAAACGCCUGACGGAGCUGGAAGCCACUGUACGCUGUGAUCAGGAUGGUCAGAAUCCCCUUUCUGCAGGUCUGCAAGGCACCUGUCUUAUGGAGACUGUGGAACUGUUGCAGGCAAAGGUGAGCGCCCUGGACCUUGCAGUUUUGGACCAAGUGGAGGCUCGGCUGCAGAGUGUCCUGGGAAAGGUGAAUGAGAUUGCUAAGCAUAAAACAUCUGUGGAGGAUGCGGAUACACAAAGCAAGGUGAACCAGCUGUAUGAAACCAUACAGCGUUGGAGCCCCAUCGCCUCCACCCUUCCUCAUCUGGUGCAGAGACUCGUCACCAUCAAGCAGCUGCAUGAGCAAGCCAUGCAGUUUGGUCAGCUGCUGUCACACUUGGAUGCCACCCAGCAGAUGAUUGCUAGUUCCCUCAAGGACAACACCAGCCUCUUGACCCAGGUGCAGACAACCAUGUGUGAAAACCUGUCCACAGUAGAGGGGAAUUUUGCUAACAUUAAUGGACGGAUGAAGCAGCUGGGAAAGUGAGCGCCUCUGGGAGAUGGCGAAUGGGGGUAAUGCCUACCCCUUUGAACUGUUAACAGCUUAAUAGGGUUUCCCCUUAAUUAUAACUCUUGCAUCCCCGUCCCAUUUGACACGGGGGCAAGGGGUUCUUCUUGCAUGUGGGGUUUACAGCCUUCCUCUGAUGAAUACAGAGCGGUAGCUAGGGGACAUCAGAUGGUGGUCUCCCCUUAAGCCCCAGGGAUGAGGACGUGGGCUGGCCCAUGCCAGCUCCUAUCCAGUACUGCUUAGCCUGGUAUGGUGAAGGAUUGGGUCCUAUUCUCCAGCACAGCUUCUGUGGCUGGUGGUGAUACUGUAAGUUUCUAACCAUUAAAUGCUAUUGUACUCUG